UUACAGUCCCUUUUACCUGCAUGUUCCCCACCAUCCCUCACAUGGAUACUAGCUGGAAGGCGCUCAUGCUGGAGGGCAAUAAUCCGUCACAAGAUGAGGACUGCAGGUCUGGUGCUUGUUGUGGGUCUGUGCGUUGCAGCAAAUGUUGUGUUUUCACUUAAGAUCUGCGCUUUUAACGUGCAAAGUUUUGGUGAAUCCAAGGCAAACAACAAGAAAGUCAUGGGGAUUCUUAUGAAGAUUCUCUCCCGGUGUGACUUGUGUCUCAUUCAGGAGGUGCGAGACUCUAAAGGACGAGCAAUGCAAGCCCUAGUAAAAGAGCUUAACAGGUUUGACAUCUCUAACUCAUAUUCCUACGUGGAAAGUGAGAGACUGGGAAGGAAAAGCUAUAAGGAACAGUAUGUCUACAUUUAUAGAAACAAUGUGCUGAAGGUCAAGGAGCAGUACCAGUACUCUAAACUUGAGCCAGAGGGGACCAAUGACACUGAAGUCUUCUCCAGAGAGCCUUUCAUCAUUCGCUUUCACUCUCCCACCACAUUAAUUAAGGAUCUCGUUCUAAUUGGCCAACAUACCAGUCCCAAAACUGCCUUGAAGGAGAUGGACGAACUGUAUAUUGUGUUCAGAGAGAUCUACAGGAAGUGGAAGACAGAGAAUGUGAUGAUCUUAGGGGACUUGAACGCCGCCUGCAGCUACGUCACCAUCAAGGGUUGGCGAGCUGUUCGCCUGAGAAGUGAUCCCAAAUUUGUUUGGCUGAUUGGAGACGAGCACGACACAACCGUCCGGGAGAAGACACACUGUGCAUAUGACAGGAUCAUUGUCCGUGGCCGUGAGAUUAUUUCCACUAUAGUGCCCGGGUCGGCUCAACCGUUCAACUUUAAAGAGACUUUUCAUCUAUCAGAAGAGGAGGCCCUGGAGGUGAGCGAUCAUUUCCCCGUCGAGGUGGACCUGAAGCCAAACCAUCGCUACCUCCUCCGCAAUGAGCUGUAGACCAACACUCUACUUUGAUUUCAUAUUCAGCUAUUUAAUGGAUUGAAAUUUUAUGCAAGGCAGUUUCUAACAACAGUGUAUGUUGCAUGUAAAUGAUGACUUGAAUGGCAGCACUUUUGCUCCUCCUCCAUCAA